GCUUUGUAGAGGGUGGUUGCAGUGCGCUUGCGGACAGUGGAAUAAAUACCGUGCAAUUAGUAAACUUGCGAAGACUGCUUUACUAUGCCUGGACGCCAUAUGCUUUUGUCUAAUUACCAUUAUUUCUUUUUGUACUUUCAAGAGAUGAAGACAGUCGCCAUCGCCCUCCUGUUCCUGGCUACCUUCGCCUCUGCCGAGGACACCAACAACAAUAACCUAGACGCAGAGGUGGAAGAUUCCCCGAGGUUCGCCUACGUGGACCUCACCAACAACGCAGCCUCUCUCUCCUUCAACUCCACUUCCCUCCAGUACGCCGUGAUCACUGGAAUCGUCCUCCUGUUGGUGGCCAUUGUGGUCGUCCCUCUUCUGGGUUACGACCUGAGCACCAUUUUCCCCAGCCGGGAAGGAUUCGACUACUCCAAUUACGCGUAUGACGGCACCCAGGCCUAUUCCUCCUAUUCUGCUUACGCCAAAAGGUCUCUCGAUUUGCUCUCCCCAGUUCUCAAAGCUCUCACUGAAGCUUAUCAACGGUACGAAUAAACCAGAAAGCCGUCCUCUCCCGUGGCCAUAAUAAAUGGAUGAUGGUGGAAGAAAGGCAGACUACCAAACUUCUUUUUUAUAUAUAUAGUUUUGCAGGCUGGACCUGCACAAUAGGUCUUUAGACCAGACCAAAGACUCAGUGACAUUUGACCAGAGGAGGCAAGAUGCACAGAAGGCUGUGUCUGUAAGUGCCACUGCUUCUGCUCCAGGAUGACGUAAGCAUAACUAGACUGACUGUAGAAUCCAGAUUCUGGGAAUGAAAGAUUCUUAGGCCUACCGCUACUUCCGUUGUUAGUUGACAGACUUGGAUUUGAUAGGUGGUUUAAGAGAUGACGAGAACGAUGAAGUGUUUACUGACAAAGCUUGGGUAUCUUCUCCGCAGUUUAUAUCUUACUUGAAAGCAGACAGUAGCUGGACUACUUAAAAUUGGCCCCAGUAAGAUUUUGACAUAAGAUGGGUACGUUCACUUUGUGACUGACGACUUGGACAGACAGUACAGGCCAAAAAAUGCAGAACAUUUAUAACUCAUUACCGAACAUUUCAUCUAGAUUUAAUAGAGAGCGAGGCUAGAAAUGUUGAAUUUCUGCCGAGGUGAAAAAGAAGAAUUAGAAGAAACGCGACUGAUUGCUGAAAAAUAUCUCGACGAACGAGAGACUUUAUCGAGGAUGACACGAGACAGACGAAAAAAACAAACAUUUCCCUUAAGGGAAACAAAAACGUUCUGUUUUAACCAUUUUCUGAUGAAGCUAACGACCUAAUUUAUUGUAUUUAUUUUUUGUUGACUUUGAUGGUAUUAUAGUUGUCUUGUUUUGUAUCAUCUCGUCUUGUUUGACGAUGCCAGAGGGCGAUGUUGUAUUUCGUCUUAGAUUGUAUUAUUUGUUACAGUUGUUUACGCCAUUGAAACUAGUCUGUUUCUUAUACAUAAACUAAACA